CAUCCAUAGCUUCUCUCGCUUGUUUCCAAAGUGCACUUGCCGACCAUGUUGAGACGGGAGAGAGCGAGGAUAGCCGUGCAUUGCUUGGAAUUGAAAUCUACUGAGCUCAACCUCCCAACGAUGGGAACCUACACAGCUGACAAGUCCGUGUUAGACAUAUUUCUUUACACAAGGCCUGGCAUUGUCCAAAUGAAAACGAUUAUGGCGGCACCAAUUGUCUGUCAAGCAUCAAGCUAGAGUUAUCUCACUUGACGCGAGUUCAGAGGGAGCAGUUGCCAAGUGGCACACUUCGAGCUCUAUGGUCUCGUUGUGAAACAGCCUUGAGACUUUGGAGCACAGACUCAACAACUGUUGUCCGCGUCAGUAGGGAACCAGUGAAGUUGACGGCAGCUUCGCACACCUUCGAGGCCAGACAUGCGCCUGCCGACUGAUAUCGUUGCUGCAACAAGGACACAAGACACGAGAGGAACUGAUAUUGGUCCAAACUUCAAGUGACUGAAUGAGGUGAGGGCCGAAAAAACGAUAGCCGAUGUCUUGUGUUCAUCAACAACGCUUUGUGGGCUAAGAGUAAAGGCCAAAUAUCUUAGUUGAAGACGUCCUCCAUCUACCUCAUGACUUGAAUUUGUCUAGGCUAAUGCCGCCAAAUGCCAAGAAUGAUUCAGUUGUCUAAGCCCAUCCUGUGGAAGUUGGACAAGACGGAACAAGCCAAAGGAAAAGCGGAGGAAGAUAAUCGACUGGACGGAGUUCAGGCACCAGCAACAGUUUGAUGAUGACCCAAAUAUGACCGCUUUAAUGGUCUUGGUCCAGUUGUGGAUUUCCUCCUUGUGUUUUGAGAAAGUGCUACGAACACCUUGAAAUUAGAGGGUGUGAUUUUUAUCGGUGAAAAAGUAAUCAGUGUUAGCUUGGCAUUGGCAGCUUCAGGCUUAUGUCAGUGUCGCCUCAUUAUGUCCUUUUGAUGUAAGCGAGUCUGAGCAACCGCUAACUUGAUCUAACGAGGAUGUUCCACUGUAUUGAAAAAUGAGGUGAAACCUGACAUGAGUUCCCUAGGUUUCAGAUGCUAAUGUCUUCCGCGCCUCAGCUUUGCAAAGAGUCCCCAGCAAAACUUGGUUCUGGCUAUGCUCAAUCCAGAGGGCCAGUCCCAAGUCUGAACAACUUUUGUCGUGGAACACAUCUCAAUAAUCCGUGUUCAAGCACAAGUGAUUGCAGCACCGUGACCUCUUCUUGCGGCGAAUCCACAACAGUCAUCAUUUCAGACUCGAGCAGCUGUACGCUGCAACUCCAUAGUGGGGGUGGGGGUGGAGGUGCUGGGGGAGGUGGAGGCGCACCCGGAGGCGGGGGGUCCAACUGCGGCGCUAGCAGCUCCAAAGAGAAGAAAUCCUCAGGGACCACAUACACUGUGCAUUUCAACCGGGAGAAGACUCGCACCACCACACGCACCACAACCACCACCACCAAUUACGGUUCCACGUCAAGUGUCAAUAAUAACAGUGAUAGUGUCAGUAUUGGAGGCUCGGAUCUCCGGAUGAGCGGUGGGUCCCGGGGAGUGGGCAGUGGAGGAGGGGUGGGAGUCGGGGUCGGGUCCGGCAGUGCUCAUGGGGGCCACAUCGUUCUUGCCGACUCGUUCGGCAAGAACGCCGCGACAAGCCCCAUAUCACAAGGGUCUUCCAUGGCAGCCAGGGAGAUACGAAACUCAACUAAGCCCUGCUGUUUCUGUUGGUGCUGUUGUUGCACUUGCUCAUGGAUUCGACGUCGCUGCCUCUCUGUGAAAGCUCCCAAUGGCUCCCUGGAAAGUGCCAACGAAUUCAUUAAGGAUGAAGAACUUGGGAGCAUAUCCAGCACAGAUGUCAAGUCUUGGGGUGACUCCUUCGAAAAACUGAUGAACAGUGAAAAGGGACGCAAGGUGUUUGGCUCAUUUUUGAGAGGCGAAUACAGUGAAGAAAACAUCCUCUUCUGGCUGGCCUGUGAGGAUCUAAAGAAGGAACGAAGUCCAGAACUCAUUGAGGAAAAGGCCAGAAUUAUUUAUGAAGAUUACGUUUCAAUUCUCUCACCCAGAGAGGUGAGUUUGGAUUCACGGGUACGCGAAAUAAUCAAUCGCAACAUGAUAGCUCCUUCACAACACACGUUCGAUGAGGCCCAGCUCCAGAUCUAUACCUUGAUGCACCGGGACUCCUACCCUCGAUUCGUCAACUCCCCUACCUACCGAGAACUCUUACGCAAUUGCGGCGUUCCCGUGGACGACUUCAACAGCGGGAGUUUUGGUGGGGGUGGAAGCAUCGGGACGGCCAGUGGGCCUGGGCCGGGAGCCGUGGUGGGCGGGGCUGGCGGGACACAGGUCUAAGCCCGACAGGUCUCGAUGGGAGUAAACCCCCAACCCAACCAGACCUCUCCUCCUCGUUCUCCUCGUUCUCCUCUUCCUCCUUCUCCUUUUACUCCCCCUCCUCGUCGUCGUGUUUCUCUCCUCCAUGCAUUUGCUCACGGCAUCAAGUGUCGCUUUCACCCACUUCAUUGAUGACCACGAAAACGACCAGGGCAGUAAUCUAGGCCAGAUGGACAGCCCCCCCCAGGGAUUGAGGGAAGAGGACCUCACCUCGAAGACCGUGCUUUUAAGUUUGACGGGUUGUCUGCCGCCCACUCAAAGACCUAAGCGUCGUACCCGAUCCGACCCGAUCGUUGUACCCCUUUGACGAGAAGGAAGAGUGCCCCCUCCCCCCCCACCCACCCCCCAAAAAAACCUUGAUUCUUCAUUCAGUUGGCGGGCGACACGUCCUUGCCAUCACAACCUGCUGAGCCCACUGAGCCCACAGAGCUUGCUGACUCCGUUGGACCCUCAUACACACAAAAAGACAUGUCAUAGAAGCAAACCAGAAAACAAACAUGUGUUCUUAACUAAUCAUCAAUUCAUGAUCCAUAUUUUCAUAUUUGGGACUGUGACGCCCAGAUCCUGCUAGUCUCUAUUAUUGUUUCCUAUAUUAAGCCCCCUUUUUUUCACUUGUUAGCAGUCUCAAUUGUCAGUUCGUCUUGAUUUCCCAAAGCUUUCUUGCCCGGAAGAACCGAACACUUGAUUUGACCGAUCUGAUCCACACAAUAAGCAUCCGUCGUCCUUGAGGAUGCAAAGAGGGACUUACGAUACAAAUGAUUUCGCGUUAUGAUUGUUCUUCUCCCAAGAUAUCCCGUUUAUUUAUUUGCUCUUGUUUUGCCUUCGUCAAGAGAAACCAAGAACUUCGUUGUAUCCACGACCAAACUGCCUGUGUUUACCUAUUGGAUUUGUUCCGUGCACUCAUCUGGGAUACCCCUACCCUGCCUACUUUCCUCCUGUUUGCCAUGAACACCUUGCCCAGCACUUUUGAGAAAACAAAACGUCCCAGCAGUAUUGAAUUUUUCAUACAAUCAAAGUCCCCGUUCCCGAUAUUUUUACUUUUACAAAGCUGAAACUGGAAAUAGUACGUACAACACCCAUCCCUUUAAGAGUCUGCCGACAAUUCACGAGUUAACCAUGGUUAAAACCGUUUCCAAGCACAAAUUCUCUUGCUCCUAUUCCUCCUCCUCCAGACAUCUGCAAGGCACAAACAUUCGCAACCGGCAUCAAAAGCCUUGAGGAUCUUUGAGAGCCUUUUAUAAAUACGUACUUGACAACGGGUCUACUUUCUCAAAAAAAAAAAUAGCCUAGCCCCACAGUUCAGUUCAGAGGCAUUCAGUUCGCCUCUGACCUCUGACCUUUCCUCUUUUCGAAGAAGAAAGCUACGUGGGCUCAUUUCAGCCCAGACAAAUCUAUGCAGACACCAUCCCCGAAAAUCACGUUGCGCAUGUUCCAGAUGAAUUUGGUCCUCUUCAGAGCCUUUUUUCUUGAUGUUAAUGUCGUCUGAAGGGCUUGCACCUGGAGGAUCGGAGGGAAGUAGACCUCUUUACGUUCCUGAAAUCAGUUUGAUGUCAAUUGUCAACCGCCCUGCUCCUUGGAAAAGUGCAUUUUCGUUCCGGCCAAGCUUCAAUUCAAGAUUGCCCCUCCCCAGAAAUGUUCGGUCCUCUGAGGGGUUUGGUCCAAGAAGCACGACAAAGAAAGAAACGAAACUCCAGCAACCUGAAUUGGCCUCCUUCAGGGUCCACCCACCUCGUACUGAGAUGUUUGAGGUUCCAUAUUUGGGGGAAAAGCUGCCACAAUAAAGCCAACAAAGGAUGAAUCAAACUAUUUUCUUCCUUUGUGCUCGAUCCUUCGACUUCUUUGAGAAGAGGGCGAAAUUCCAUAUCAAUGAUAAUGAUGAAAUUGACGACGACGACGACAAAGAUAUAUAUACACACACACACACACACACACAUAUAUAAAUAUGGCUAGGGCUGCAAUGUCUGAGGCUCACAAUGAUUUACCAUCGCUAUCAUGAUCAUUCUUCUCAUUAUGAUUAUCAUCAUUAUUAUUUUCAUCAUCUUAAUGAAUUUUCUUCAUGUCGAUGAAGGCACCACAGUCGUCACAUACUACUAUAUAUAUGCCAAGAUCUUUUUUGGUGUCAAAAGGCCUGAUGUGUUAUUAUCAUUAUAUUAUUAUCAUUAUCAUGAUUAUUAUAAUCAUCAUCAUUACAUUUCCUAGAGGAAUAAGUAUUCCAGUGAAAAA